ACACUCCUUAUCAAAUAUCCAUAAUCCUAAAAAAAACCUCAUUACAAAGAAAUCUGAAUAUUGCUUUCCUCUUCUAAUCAGAGUUGCAGUACCAAUGGCAGCCAUGAACUCUAGUGUUUUGGCAUGUAACUAUGCCAUCUCAGGGGCUGGAUCGUCCGAUAUUAAUGCAAAGCUUGCUUCCAUGCCUUCUGUUGCAUCCCCAAUUGUGCCUGGUCGCAAGUUGCCUGUGAUAAGGGCCCAACAGGCCAGAGAAUCAAAAGGGAAUGAAGGAAGAAGGGCUGCUCUGCUUUGCCUAACAGCCACCCUUUUCACAACUGCUGCUGCUGCUGCCUCCAAUUCCUCUGCCAAUGCUGGGGUUAUCGAAGAAUACCUUGAGAAGAGCAAAGCUAACAAGGAACUGAAUGACAAGAAGAGGUUGGCCACAAGUGGUGCAAACUUUGCAAGGGCUUACACAGUUCAAUUCGGCACAUGUAAGUUCCCUGAGAACUUCACAGGCUGCCAAGAUCUUGCCAAGCAAAAGUGCCAUUUCUUUCUGACGAUUUGCAGUUGGAAUGCGAAGGGAAGGACAAAUACAAGUGUGGUUCCAAUGUUUUCUGGAAAUGGUAAAAAGGGCAGUCUUUUACCCCUUUGGUAGUAAUUUCCCCCCCACCAAUGUACCUAAAUUUCUAUUGAAGAAACUCUACAUCAGUAUGUUUUGCAA